GCAACCCUAGCUUUCAGUAGUUUGCAAUCCAUGGCUGGUGAAUCUGAUGUGUCUGUAAACACUCUCUCUUGUGCUAACUGUGGCAAACCUGCAAACCUUCAGUGUCCUAAAUGCAUGGAAUUGAAGCUUCCUCGUGAAGGUUCUGCCUUCUGUACUCAGGAAUGUUUCAAGUCUUCCUGGAGCUCGCACAAAUCAGUGCAUCUGAAGGCAAAGCUGUCCUCACAUGACGUGCAGAACUCAAACUCACUUGGUGAAGGUUGGUUAUAUUGCUUGAGGAGAGGGCAGAGUCGAACUCCAAAGUUUCCUCAAUUUGAUUGGACUGGGACACUGCGGCCAUAUCCCAUAUCUAGUAAACGGAUUGUCCCGGAUUUUAUUGAUAAACCUGAUUGGGCUGAUGAUGGAAUUCCCAAAAUUGAGCCCAAUAGUGAUCUGCAGCAUACUGUUGAGAUUAAAUCUCCAGAGCAAAUUGAGAGAAUGAGAGAAACUUGUCGGAUUGCAAGGGAGGUGUUGGAUGCAGCUGCUCGGAUUAUUCAGCCUGGUGUGACGACUGAUGAGAUUGACAGAGUUGUUCACGAGGCAACUAUUGCUGCAGGAGGAUAUCCAUCUCCUCUCAAUUACCAUUUCUUCCCCAAAUCUUGCUGCACGUCAGUUAAUGAAGUAAUCUGCCAUGGAAUUCCUGAUGCAAGGAAGCUUGAGGAUGGUGACAUUGUAAAUGUUGAUGUUACUGUGUGCUAUAAAGGUUUUCAUGGUGAUCUCAAUGAAACAUACUUUGUGGGAAAUGUCGACGAAGAGUCUCUCCAGCUGGUCAAAUGCACAUAUGAGUGCCUGGAAAAGGCAAUAUCCAUUGUUAAACCUGGGGUACGAUUUCGGGAAAUUGGCGAAGUUAUUAAUCGGCAUGCUUCGAUGUCAGGCUUCUCAGUGGUCAAAUCAUAUUGUGGUCAUGGAAUUGGAGAGCUCUUCCAUUGUGCACCAAAUAUUCCUCAUUAUGGAAGAAAUAAAGCAGUUGGUGUGAUGAAGGCGGGACAGACCUUUUCAAUUGAACCAAUGAUCAAUGCAGGUGUUUGGCGUGAUCGAAUGUGGCCUGAUGGAUGGACUGCUGUUACUGCAGAUGGUAAACGAAGUGCUCAAUUUGAGCACACACUUUUGGUGACAGAGACUGGUGUUGAGGUUUUAACAAGGCGGUUGCAGACAUCACCCAAUGUUUUUCCUUGGCUAAAUUCAUAAUUGGGAUAUCAUGGAGACAUAGUUGAGCAGUUUCUAUAUACCAUACAAUCACUGGACAACAACAUUUCAUUGCUCUACCUCCUUUGGAUGCCUCUUUUUUUGGGUAUCAUGUUUGUUACGUACCAAAAAAUUCAAAUGAGUUUUGGUGAGAAUUAUGAUUACGUAGAAUGGGUUCUUCCAAACCCAUUUUCAACAGUGAUAUGAUAAUGUUUGCCCAAUA